UAGCUCUUACAGAUAAAGAUAUUGGCCGCGUGCCAAAGCUGUUGAGGCCCUAUCUAGACAACACCUGAGGGAACAACUGAAGGGUUUGAUUUAUAUAUAGGGUGCUGUCUAUGUAGGCGACGAGGAUUUGAGACACGGGCUGAUGUUUAGGUGCUCUGGAUUGUUUCGUAGCUGUAAAAGCUGAAGAGCUGUUCUGCAUUGCUCAUGCUCCUGACUGGGAGACAAGCGUCUGUGAAGUGAUGUAGUGCUCUGUAAAGGUUAAAGAGGGUUUUGUCUCAGGUUGAAGUCAGACGUCAGGAUGUUCAACCCUCAUCAGCAUCAGCAGCAUCAGUUUCAUCAGCAUCUCCGACAGCUGCAGCAGCUGUUUCAGCAGCAGACUCCGCCUCCCACAGCUCCUCCACCUCCACCAGCUCCACCUGCCCACCACAUCACACACACACGGCCUCCUGCUCGUAUGGUGAACCUGUGCUCCUCCACACAGACCUUCAUCGCUCCCAAUCCCGUGCUGCAGGGGGCGCUGCUGAUGCAGCAGAUGCAGGCGGGCGGCAUGCCUGGGUUUGGGAUGAGCGGCCAGCAGUUUCGUCAGUUCUUCCCUGCGGGCUCCAGAGCGUCUGUUCUGGGGCCCGUCCCGAUGGGAGUCACCAUCAAGACCCCACACAUGGGCUUCCAGCGCCACUUCACGCCACACGCGCGCUAUUUCGCCAACGAGUUUCAGGCUCGUCAGCCGGACAGGAAGAGGGAAAACGAGCAGAAAUCUGCGGGCAGCAGCGACAGCCAAUCAGAAGCCAGCAGCAGAAGAGCAGAUGAAGCGUCUGCUGCUGGAUGCCAGGAGUCUUCAGAGCAGCCCGAUGAACCAGAGGCCAAAAAACACAAAACACAAGAGUCAGAAGAGCCUGUGGAGACAGAAUCCGCUCGAAGCGCUGAGAUCCUGCAGGUACCGAGUGUUUCACCUUCAUCAGAACGGAUUGAGGGAAUAUUCUUGGGUUUUACCAUCUGUCACAUCUGUGACCUGCCGUCAACUUAAAAAUCUUCUGUCCCUCAA